UUGGCUGGGGUGGUUGCUAAGAUACGUUAGUAAGCGCGCGGAGGAGGACCGUUCGUUUGUAUUCCGACGUGCGCCCCUGCGAGGGAGAGCCAGGAAAGCUGGACGUUGGAGCGGACGUGGCUCGCUCGCGCUCCUACGUUUGAAGUCGGGGUGUCGUUUGUGGGGGCGGAGCUUCCACUGAGGCGCGGUUGCCCUUCCAAGCCUGCAAGGGAAACCCAAAAUCCUCUCCUCAGGGGCGAGGUAGUAGAGUCGUGGUCCUGCGGGUUACAUCGCUUAAGGUUGAAAAUUAGGGAAUCUUGGAUGUUUUGAUUUAUUAAAAUGUUCCCGUAGGGAAGUUUAAAGAAGAGGAAUAGAAUGGCCAGUAAUCACAAGCCUCCUACAUCUCGUCCCUCUUCAAGAGCAGGAAUGGGGCUAGGAGCCAGACCUCCAUCAACUUCAUUACGACCUCCAUCGGCAGCCUUGUUGGGCAGCGGGAUUCCUCCAGGCACAGCAAGGCCUGGUACACGUGGUACGCCUGUAGGUACUGGAGUGGUGUUCUCCUCACAGAUUAAAGUUGCAGACCGUCCAGUGACUCAGCAAGGGCUAAGUGGAAUGAAAACAGGAAUGAAAGGCCCACAGAGACAAGUUAUGGAUAAAUCAUAUUACCUUGGAGUGCUUAGAGGCAAAAUAAAUGAGCUUACUACUGAAAUUAGCAAGCUUCAGAAAGAAAUUGACAUGCAUAACCAGGAGAACUCUGUCUACCUAUCAUAUGAAAAACGGGCAGAGUCUUUAGCUAGUGAGAUCAAAGAAUUUCAAGGACAGCUAGCAGACUACAACAUGCUGGUUGAUAAGCUCAACACCAAUACCGACAUGGAGGAAGUGAUGAGUGACUACAACCUAUUGAAAGCACAAAAUGAUCGUGAAGCUCAGAGCAUAGACAUCAUUUUCACAGAAAGACAAGCCAAAGAAAAGUUAAUCCAAGCUGUAGAAGAUGACAUCCAGCAGGAAAAACAGGCAGCAGAAGACAUCAUCAAAAAUAUGACCGAAGAAAAUCAAGCUAAAUAUAUGGAGAUGAGAGUGGCAAAUGAAAAUUUUUUGCAGGAAUUAUAUGCUUUACAGCAAGAAAUGGAUGCAGUGAAUGUAAAAGAGCAAGCCCUGGAAGCUGAAAUAGCACACUCCCAGGUUAAGCAGGAGGCACUGCAGCUAUAUGAAAAGCUUCAUCGUCUAGAAGAACAUCGGGAUCAAAUGAUUGCAGAGGACAAAAGUAUGGGAUCCCCUCAGGAGGAGAGAGAGAGGUUACUAAAACAGGUUAAAGAAGACAAUCAAGAAAUAGCAAGCAUGGAAAGACAGCUAACAGAUAUAAAAGAAAAGAUCAGCCAUCUUAAUGAAGGAAUACGGCAGCUUGACAUGGAUCUAGAGGAGCAUCAAGAUGGGGAGAAAAAUUUGAAAUACAAAGAGUUGAAGAAGCGGGAGGAAAGCAUGGAUAACUUUCUCGAAUCUUUUGAAGACUCGAGGAACCAGGAACUUGAACGGAAAGCACAGAUAGAGGCCAAUAUUGUGGCACUGUUAGAGCACUCCAGCAGGAAUGUAAAUUGUAUGAAGCAAAUAUCUUCUGUAACAAAUCAAGAGUUGAAGAUCAUGCAGGAAGACCUCACUUUCAAAUCCAGUGAAAUGCAGAAAUCACAGAGUACUGCUAAAAACCUUGGAACUGAUAGUCAGCGUCUACAGAUGGACCUGCAGAAAAUGGAGUUAUUGGAAGGCAAGAUGACUGAUGAACAGGUUACUCUCAAGGAGAAAAUUGAACAAAUGACGAAGGACUUGGAACUAUACAAUAAUUUGCCAGCUCUGAAGGCUGCAGGAGAAGAAAAGAAGAAGAGACUGCAAGAAGAGAAAAGAACACUAACAAAGUGCAAGGAUGCUUUCAAGAAAACCAUAGAGCGUCUAAACACAGAAUAUGAAGACCUGAAGGUGCAGCUGCAGGAAAAUGAAACACAUGCACAGCUUACAAAUUUGGAAAAGAAGUGGCAACACCAUGAGCAAAAUAACUUUGUGAUGAAAGAAUUUAUAGCUACAAAAAGUCAGGAAAGUGAUUACCAGCCCAUAGUGAAGAAUGUGACAAAGCAGAUUGCAGAGUAUAAUAAAACUCUCAUUGAAACUUUACAAAACACAAGGACCUGAAACCAGGCAAUUCCUCCAUAAGCCAGAGGUCCAAACUACUGUUCUGGAAUCCGUUGUAGAAAAUUCUGAUACUUCUCCACAGUGCAAUAGAAAUGUUUAAGUGUGCAUAUUUCUAUCUGCUGGACAGUUAAACCUAUAAAAUUUCACUUUAUUCUUAGCUCUUCUCUGUGUUAUACUGUAUUCUCAGCAAAGUGUCAAGUGAAGUCACCUUUCGUUACAAUGUUUUGGCAUGGAUUAGUAAGUGACUUACUUUAAUCAAUAUUAAAGUUUCAUCCUCUACUCUAGUAGAAGUUGUAGUUGCAACUCAGAGCCCCAGUUAAUAAGAAGACUUUGGCAUAUUCUCAAAUGGCCAGAAUGUUUGUUUAUGUUUAUAUCCUUGUAUGUAACCGCUCUAUAAAACUUCCAAAGGGGAAAGUAUGAAUUGUACCCAAAAUGACCUAGAAUUGUUUAACAAAGGAUAACCAAAUAAAGAUAUGCAAUGUA